AUGGCAAAAUCGGAGAAGCCGAAGCUGAACCCGCCCUACGACGGGAAGCAUCUUCCCCCCCUGGAGCAGGAGGGGGACCCCAAUUCGUGCUCUCUUGAGAAGUUUCGCCUCUAUGAAACCCGAUCGGUAAGAGGCAUCUCCCAUUUCUUCGGUUCUUGAGUCCAUUUCUGUGGUGUCCCUGGGACAUGGGUGGGAGAGUGACGUAUGGUUUGCAGAGAUUCUAUCUCAUCGGGAGCGACAGGGGAAGGCGCUUCUUCCGCGUGUUGAAGAUCGAUCGCUCGGAGCCAUCCGAACUGAACAUCAGCGAGGAUCCCGUUGUGUACUCGCCGCAGGAAGUCAAGAGUCUUCUGCAGCGCAUCGACGAGGGAAAUCGGUCCACAGGUGGUCUCAACGUCGUUGCUAACGUCUGCGGUAUAGCAGGUCCGAAUAGAUUCCGAAUUUUCCUGCUCAGCCACGAGGCAUUCUUUCCACAUUAUUCCGCAGCUGAAAUCAUUGGCGUUCCUGUCACUGGCAUUUCCUUGUUUUAUUCAAAAUUCUUAGUUUGUUUCAGGAUGCAUAAAAUUCUUAGAAUCGUACUAUUUGAUUCUCGUCACAAAGCGUCGCCAGAUAGGUUCCGUAUGUGGCCACGCAAUUUAUAGCAUCGAGGAAAGCCAGAUGAUCCCUGUUCCCCACUCAACAGUACAGUCUGACGUGGCAUACUCCAAGACUGAGCUUAGGUAGAUAUUUUCCCUUUAAAGUUCAUUGUAGGUGGCUUCACUGGGAAAACUUUUGUAUUAAUUUCAACGUUCUUGGAGCUUACUUUCCUACAGAAGGGUUCUGAUAUUUAGAGCACUUAGUCGCCAACAAGUUUCUUAUUUUCCUUUGGCCCUUGCGCACAGGUACAAGAAGCUCUUAUCAAGUGUUGAUCUAACAAAGGAUUUCUUCUAUAGUUAUACAUAUCCAAUCAUGAGAAGCCUACAGAAGAAUGUUCAGGCAGCGGGUGGGGAAAGCAUGCCAUAUGAAAACAUCUUUGUGUGGAACACAUUUCUUACUCGAGCAAUCCGUUCGAGGUGUAGUAAUGCUCACUGGACAAUUGCUUUAGUUCAUGGGUAUUUCAAACAGGUAUUUGCGAUCAUAAAUUUCUGUCUGGGAUAUCUUAUUAGUUAUUUUCUUUGUUCUCAUGAUGAAAGUGAUACUUCUGUAGUUAAAUGUAUAGUGGGAUCACUUUUGACUACCUUUCGAAAAAUUUGACCGGCAAACUCUGGCUACUGCAUUGUCAAAAAUACAAUUCGACAUUUUGUCCCUGAUCUGUUAAACUUGUUGGGCUAAAGCAAUACUCAUCCAUAUCUACUGGAUACAUCUAAUUGUAACCUUGAUUUAACUGAAAACUCUUUCUAGGGGUUGAUGUUGAUGUCUGAGUUGUUAUGAUGGCUUGAAAGUUUAGUCGUUUAAGACUACCAAGAUGGUUCUGAGAAAAAUAUUCUUCAUUCUACUAGAAGACAUCAAUUGGAAACUUCAAAGGAAAACAAGCUACCAUUGCUUCUGUUUAGAAAUUAAAGGUGCAUGUUAAAAGGAUAAUAGUAUUCACUAAAGGUAUCCUAAGGAGUCUUUGGAUAAAAAAAUUAUUAGUGAGAAAAACUGGAGGACUAGGAGGAUCAUGGCAUUUGUACCUUUUUUGAUAGUUGGCAUAGCCAAUAAGGGCACUUUGGAGUUCGAGGAUCCAAAAUUUGAGAAAUGCCCUUUACGAAUAAGAUCAUAGUUGCUUAAUCAAAUACUUUUGGGAAUAGCUAGUGGGCUUUAAUUACCAAUGGCACAAGAAGGAAGUUGAUUUACUUAGAUAGGUAGUCAAAAUUUCUUUUUCAUAAAAUAUUUUUGGUACAUUAGAUUAGAAGGGUCAAAGUCCUUUUGACUUGUAAGGUAUGCCUGUUUUUGUCUUCAGCAACCUCAUUUGUUGAGGAUUCGUGGAGUAUUACUUGCUUUAGAAAAAAGAUGUUAGAUUAGUUGACAUAUUCCUUCCUAAUAUUAAGUGAAGUCCACAUUAUACUUUCUUCAAUCUAAGUUUUGACCAUACUAUGUGGAAUACUACAACACUUUUGGUUCAGAGUUUCCUUUUAUGAGAUACCACCUAGUUAUACUAGUAGAAUGAUUGAUGACGAGACAAACCACAUGCGAACAGUAACAUUUGAAAAUUUGGACGGGCCUCAAACUACGAGAAUGAAUUAAGGAGAAGGCUUUGAUGCUUUUAUUGAACACAAUGGUAAAGAACAAGAUGAUGUGUCACAAACUCGAUUACAUCAGUGCAAACUGCCAAUGGAAAUGUUAUAGAACGUUGAGGGAGAUAUGGUUGAAAUGUCUAAAAAGAGGGAGAUCAAGUGUUAAAUGAUGAAGCCAAACUUUGAAUUUUGGGCAUAGCAUAAUGACAACUAAUUUCACUUGUCUAAGUCACCCUCUGUUUUCUUCUAGAUAGUAGAACUCAUUACUUUGCUUAGCAUAUCAAUUAUCCUCCACUCAGUCUUGGUCUAGAAUUACUCAAUGGGUAUCAAAAAAGGCUAGUGUACAAUUCAAGUUUUUGAUUGUUUUGAUGAUGAUAUAAUGUGUAAUGGAACAGCAGGGGUAACAUUAAUGUUGCCAUUAUCAGCAAUUAGGACAGCUGAAAUAUUAGCUACAAAUUUUCCGAUUUAUAGGGUCAAGCAUAAACUGAUCAGAUUUCUUAUGCUACUGAGGAUUAUAUGGUAAGUGGAUCGGAAUCUAUGACGCGUGAUUAGAUUGGACAGGCUUGACAUCUUGAGAAAAGUUAGAAAUUAAACACGUCACUUUGAUCCAAUAAACAUAUAUUGAAGGUCUUGGUGAGGGAGUUAAGAUAGCCUUUCCACCUUUCAAUGUCUUCCUUCUUGAAUUCUAAAGAAGUAUUGUCAUUACAAAUAUGGACUUGAUUUAAUUGUUCUCCUUUGGAUACUUGAGCUCUUGUAAAGCAACAAUCUCCUAUAUGUUAAGGCUUUUUACUGUGAGAAAACUGCAAUAUAUCUCGGUCAAAACUUUCCAAGGUAUUAACCUUGUUCUGUCUGAGUUAUAGAUUUCAUUUCGUACUUUCUCCACCGUCAACUCUCUUCUUGGACAUCAAUCUUAAGAUGAUUAAGGUUGAAAAUAUCACUGUCCAUGUUACUGCAGUGGCUUUCAUACCAUGAAAAAGCACUUAUUAGUCUAGACAACUUAACUGAAUGAAACUUUCAUAGUCUAUAUGGCUGGGAGACUCUCAUAGUAUCUUUAGAAGUCCUAAUAAGCAUGCCCAGGAAAGGCUUAAAAAAAAUGGAAAAGCGAAAAAAUAGCAUAGAAAAACAUGACUUAUAAAAAAUCUCUUAGUCAUUUGUUGGAAGAGUAUAUAAUAAGAUCAGGAGAUACACUUGGGAAUAUAGCCCUAAAAAUAUCUCAUGAUAUUUAUUAGUCGCUUGAAAAAUGAUUCGUCCUGAUUUGAUGGAAAUACUUCAUAUUUGCAAACAAUGAGCAUAUUGCCUUCUAGAAAAAAAAACGGAAAUAAUUUCACUUUUGUUGCAAUGAUAUAUCAAAGGGUUAUUUAUUGUGGACGGAAGUAUCUUCUUAUUGAAAUUUUGGACAUUUAUAUCUCUUAUUUUCUGUUUUCGAAUCUGAGGAAUCUUUUUUCUUCAUGAUAGGCCCGACUGUCAGUUUUUGGGCGAGAAUUCAGCAUAGUUCUCAUUUCUAGGCGAUCUCGACAUUUUGCUGGGACACGGUGCGUUUAUUCAUAAUGAAAAAAAUAUCAGAAAUCUGCUUGUUUUUAUUGUUUAGAAAUAUGGACUGUUCGUUAUAUCUUAGCCACAUGCUUGUUUUAUUCCCUCUUUUCGUUUCCUUCACUUGAAUUUUCUUUCCACACUCAGCUGUUGACUGUACUAAUCCUGAAACUUUAAAUUUUUCUACGUCCACAUGAGUUAUGAGUUAUGAUUUUUUACUUGCUCACUUUUGCCCAGCAUGUUGGUAAUUUGUGCCAUUGUUUCAGAAAUAAUGGUAAGCAUAAUUUUUAUAGCUGGCCAGAGGUAGGUCUUGAGAUUUAUAAGAUUUUCUCUCCAAAUUAUUUUAUACCUGUCAAUUUUUUUAUUUCUGGACAUACCACAGUCAGGCUGUUAGAUUUCCAACUCAUAUCUGGGCAGAUAAACCUGUGAAAAUAUAUUUGGACUCAACUCCAAGUUAUCAGCUCUUAUAGCAGGGAGUAUGCAUUGCUACUUUUCCAUGCCUCUUUAAGUAUAGUGUGUUCCUUGUACGGCCCUUGUGCAUUUUUUUUUUGUAAGUUUUUCCAUUCCACACUUGGCUUGCUUGGGCUUUCUACGUGGUAUACAAUUUAACAAUAUCUAGGGAACACUAGUCAAUAAAACUCGAAGACUGGAUUUGUACUGAAUACAUUUUGUGUGUGUGCCUUCCCUUAGGAAUAAGUCAGGUCUUCUUUCAGAGUUUUAGUUGACUCUUUUAUGCCACAUUUUCAGUUCCCUUUAAGAUCUCAUGUGAUUAAUUAGUCCGCUGUGAGCAUGCGUAGUCUAAGUGGUUGAUGGGGUGGGAAUAUUUGAGGGGGAUGAUGGGAGAGAGAGUGAUGGGUGGCUUUGUGCGUACAAGGGGCUGACAAUUUCCAAGAAGGUAAGAGAGUUGUGCCUUUCCGGGAUCAACAGAUGCCCAGAGUGUGUCCUCUGGUAAUGCAACGUGGAUAGAAACUUCAAGGCAUUUGACCUUGAUGGCAAGAACUGAACUGGUGUUUUGACCCUAACUUGAUCCCACACGAGAGCCUGAGUUUGACCCAAGUCUUGGUUCAGGUCAGGUUCAAGUUGGGCUUCAUUGCAAACACUUUUGGUUCUUAUUGGUUUUUUUGAGAAUUAAACAAGGUGAUCUGACCGUUGUAUGAAUGAUAUUAUUGUGAUCCUACGAGUCUAUGAACAAUGCUAAUUUGCUGUCCACUGUUGCUACAAUGUUGUGAGAUGAAAAUUGCAUAAAACACAUUGCAAAGACAAAUGUGGAAGUUCAAAUCUCAUUUGUCGAUUGGAUAGCAAAAUAAACGAGGCAAUGGAGUUUUAAUGGUUGCCAUUGGAUUGAUUCAGGUUUAACCAUUGAUAACAAGCAGACAGUCUAUGGAGUUUUAAAGAUAAGUUAUGGAUGCUGCACAGGAUGUGCUAAUCAAAAGACUUAAUGGAAGACAGUAGGGCUUUAUUAAUUUUGAUGGGUAUGCUGUUUUCUCCAUGGUCCGUCUGGGUUGGUGCAACAAAAAUGGAAUCUCUUAGCAGGAAAGGAUUGUGUGAUAUUUUAUUGUUACUGCUUUUGGAUCAGUUCUCUUUGUUGUGACGCAUUACGGAAAUGAUGCUUCUAUUAGUCAUCUUUUUUUAUAAGACAUUUUUUUUGUCUGUGAGAUAUUUCAAUUAGUUUCAAUAGCUAUACAAGGUUUUGCAAAGAUAGGGAGAGUGAAGUUGGUUUCGCAUUUCAUGCAACUCUACUAAAAAUAUUUUCUUGUUAUUCAUCUUUUUUGGUAUGGCAGUUAUCUGAAAAGAGGAGUAAAUGAUUGGGGAAGAGUGGCCAAUGAUGUUGAGACUGAGCAGAUUGUCCUUGAUGAAGAGGCUGGGACAUACAAGGGAGGAAUGAGUUCCAUUGUUCAGAUGCGCGGUUCCAUACCACUUUUCUGGUCCCAGGAAGCUUCACGAUUUAGUCCGAAACCUGAUAUCAUAGGCAUGUUUUUUGGUCUUGACUGACUUUACUGACUUUACUGACUUUACUGACUUUAACCUUCUUGCUUGAUGCCUGUCUCCAGUUCAUAGAUAUGAUCCAACAUACGAAGCCACUAAGUUACACUUUGAAGACUUGGUGAAAAGAUAUGGCAAUCCUAUUAUCAUACUUAAUUUGAUUAAGGUAGAGAUGAUCUUCUUUUUUGUCUCAUUGCAUAUCAUUUUUGUGUAUAUGAAUAUGUAUAUCCAUUUGGCAACAUUUUACUGCUACUAAUAUAUGUAUACUAGUUAAAUUCCAAUUGUCAAAUAUUACACUCAUAUAUUAGAAAUGGUCCAAGGCUGAAACUGACUAGUCUCCCGUUUGGAUUUGAAAUCCUAUUUUAUCUUUUCCUAUCCUGUAACUCAGUGGAACGGGGGGUUACUGUGGUAUCUUCUUAUAAACACAGUAUGAUUACAAUAAAUCUGAAGGUAAAAUAUCCAAUUCGUAAACAUUUAAUUUUAAUAUUUAAAUAAAUAUUUUGUGCAUCUACGCAUUUCACCUUAUUCUCUAAUAUUUGUAUUUAAAAUAUAAAAAAAUCACCUUAGUGCUUCACCCUGUCACUAGUUGUAAGAUGGUGAAGUAAGCUUUGGUCACCUAAAAGAACUACAAUUCAGCAUUAACAUUCGCUGAAGUAUAUCAUCUAAGACCCUUGAAUCUUAGCUCAGAUAAACAGGAUAUUUUUGUCUUGUUUAUAUCGAUGGACAUGUUAAAAUGGUCAGUAUUUAUUUCAGUUCUGUCAUUAUCUCAAUUUAAAAUAAGAGAUCAUUUUUAGUUCCUUGAGAGUGAGAGCAUACCGCCAAACAGGAUUGUGUAAUGGUAAUUGUGCAUUUCUGUAUGCACAUCUGUAAAGAUGUGAUCAACUACAUGUACGUCCACUUUGACACUUCUUUCAGAUUUCAGUCGCGAGAUUGAAUGAUGGGGGUAUUUGGGAGUUAUUGACAGGGUUAGUAGUUUUGAAAUAUAAUAAAAGUGGCUUCGGGCCUUGAAAUAUUUUUUUAAAGAGAGAAUGAAGUGGAUCCCAUUCACAAGUUUACAAAUAUAAAGUAUAAUGAAAGAUUUAAUUCAAUCAUGCAUUUCGCCGGCCUAAUAUGGAUCCCAUCUCAUAUAUACAUGUGGAACUAUGCAAAAUUUUUGUCACGUAAAUUGGUUGUGUUCUGGAAUGCUAGUUGGGUAUCAGGGAGGGAAGUUUGUCAUAGUUUGCAGUUCCAUUGGAAAUUGUCUAGCUAGUUUUGAGUGGACUAGUCUUGAAAUAAUGGGCACACGAACCAAUUUGUUGCGGAAAAUAUCUUUCUAUUUUAUUCAAAGAGAGGAUCAAAUAACUAGACUACCAAUUGGGGAUGCAUUCUCUGUUUCGUUUCCUGCCCAAUCGAGAGAAGACGAAUGGGACUGUGGAUAAGAAUAGGUUUUCUAUUUGUUUUCUCUUUGUGAUGGUCAUUAUGUUUAAUAUUCCGCCAUUUGUUAUGAAUAAGAUUUGUGAGAGCUCUCUGUAGCCUAGCUAGCUCUCUGUGGAUUCUAAGACACCAGUCUUGUAAACCAUGGGAGAAUGCAGUUUCUUGUGCUGCAAUCCCUUUGAAGAGGGUCCAACUUUGAAUAUCACUUUUUAACUGUCUGGGUGAUGUAGACUGUCGAGAAAAGGCCUCGAGAAAUGAUGCUUCGGCGUGAGUUUGCCCAUGCAGUUGGAUAUCUCAAUCAAAUCCUUCCAGAGGACAUGAAAUUGAAGUUUAUUCACUGGGAUUUUCAUAAAUUUGCAAAGAGGUUAGCUAAAUUUUCUUUGAUAAACAUCAUUGUUUGGUCAUUUACUCGUGCUAAUUUUUCUUCUUUUAUGCAUUUUAAUAGCAAGGCUGCCAAUGUUUUGGCAGUUCUGGGUUCAGUAGCAAGUGAAGCACUUGAUUUGACUGGGUUCUAUUUCAGUGGAAAUCCAGUCAAAUUUAAGAAGAGGGCAACUCAACUUAGCCUAGCAAGUAAAGGAAGGUACAAACUGACUGACUAAAGGAAGGUGCAACCUGUUUUUCUUUAAGCGUUUCCUUUAGCUUGUUGUACUCAGUUGAUUUUUCACGCAGGGAAGCUUCUCUUGGUGACCUUAGAAGUAACUCAAGUGACGUUUCAAGAGUGGUUAGCAAUAAUGAUCUCUUUGGUACUGUGAACCCUCACGAUCAGAAUGGGGAACGAUGUCAACAGCCGAGAUUGAAUGGGCCUUGUUUCCAAAGUGGGGUCUUGCGCACUAAUUGCAUUGAUUGUUUGGACCGUACAAAUGUUUCACAGUAUGCCUGUGGCUUGGAAGCUUUAGGCCGUCAGCUUCAAGCUUUGGGUUUGACUGAUACUCCCAAAGUGGAUCAUGACAGUAGCGUUGCAGCUGCUCUCAUGGAAAUGUAUCAGAGUAUGGGUGAUGCACUAGCUCAGCAAUAUGGAGGCUCCGCAGCACACAACACAGUUUGUUUUUCUGGAACAUCGCUGAUUUAAUGUUUUUAUAACAUACACAAUUACUCCUUAAAAAAUAUGAAUGUUUAUGAUUUAAUGUCCAGAGUUUUUUAUGUUAUGACAUAUAUUUCUAACGGUCAUCAUUCUGUAUUUUUCGAUUAGGUUUUCCCCGAGAGACAAGGUAAAUGGAAAGCUACAACACAGUCUCGUGAAUUUUUGAAGUCUAUCAAGCGAUACUACAGCAAUGCAUACACAGACGGUGAAAAGCAGGAUGCGAUGAACCUGUAAUUGUCCUUUUUACUCAGUCAUCUUACAUCACGAAGAUCCUCCUCCCUAUUUAAAAAGUGCCUAGACUCGUAUGUAGAGAGCAGCCUAUGAUAGUCAUACCACUUUACUUACUUUUAUUUCUCGUGUGUCCAUCAGAUUUUUGGGUUACUUUCAGCCACAAGAAGGAAAACCUGCUCUUUGGGAACUAGAUUCUGACUACUACCUUCAUGUUUUCGGUAUUGGAGAGGAGCCAUUUUCUGACAACGAGAGGUUGUGGCUUAAUUAAUGUGAUUUUUACCACACAUUUUUUCCUUUUUACUUGGGUCAUUGAUACAUUACUUUGAAAGUGUUCCGUACAUUUCAGCUUGCAUGUUGGUGUAGCAGUUGAAGGGACUAGACCAACCAUUGCUCCCAUUCCAGCCUGCAAAAAAGAUUUUUAUCGGAUGAAGUUAACAUCCUUCGAUAAACUGAUACAAGCCACUUGCAGUUCAGUAAAGAAUGUAAGGCUUUGGGUUGAGCCUGUUGUCAGCUCUCCUGGCACUCUAGUCAACUCUGGAAUGGCAGCAGAUGCAGCGUAAUAUUUCUCAGUUGAUUUUUUUUCAUGAAUUCAGUUACUUUCUUCCACUUUAUUUGGACUUCAAUGUACAGAAAUGGGCACUUGUGCCUUUCAGAUCAUUGAUCCCUCAGAACCUAUUGCCAUUUCAGUCAGACGAAUGCCCUCUGUCUCCAAUUCCCAGUGUCAAAAGUUAUUUUUGGCCCACCGCAUUUUAUCAGAACCAGGAAUGUUUUUCUGCCUUGAAAAAUAUUGAUUAUUUGGACCCACAUAUUUCUUUCUCACUUUGGCUCAAAUUUUUAUUCAAAGUUUUAUCUAUUGGUAAUUAUUGCUUUCGUUUUACUCCAGUUUACAAUUUUGUUUUCCAUCCUGGUAAAUAUUUUUCACGUAUAUUUUAAAAACUUUUUUUCCCCAUCUUCGUUCCUUGUUUUUGAGUCUUUCAUGAAUGCACAAAUGAAUGUUUCUGAUAAAUAAAAGACCUUUCAUUUGAUUUGCUAACCAUAAACUCAGAUUUUUCAUUCUGUGAUGUCACUUUCAAAACUUUCCCAUAGGCCUUUCUAUAAUUUAUAAUUUUUCAUUAUAAAUUUAAAUAAUUGCAGAGAGAUACAGCUCAAAACCCCCAACUGGCUGUUUGGACAAAGAAAGAACGAAGAUUGUGUAUCAACUGCAAAGGUUAAAGCACAUGAGAUUGAAAGUGAGGAGCCAAAGUUCAACAAUGAUAUUGGUGCAUAUCUGGAUUUAGAUUGUCUAUCCUCUUCUACAGAGAUUCAUGACGAGGAUGCCGCUGAAAGGUAUUUUUUCUGUUCAGAUGGAAACCUCCUUUUCAGAAACUUUGGGAUCAAUAAUACAUGACUGGAUAGCACAGAUUCUGUAGAUCUGAAAUCUUAUGUGCUUUACUCAAGACUAACAAUGUUUUUUUAUGAACUAGAGAUAUUCUUUCCUUAAGUCUACUAGAGGCCUCUCCAAUAAGCAGAGAUUAUACUACGACCUGUCCAUAUUAUGUUUGUUAUUCUUCUAGUAGAAGGAUUUCAGUUUGAAGUUUUAUCAUUAUAUAUUCUGUGCGAUCUAGUAUGAGGUUUUUAAAAAGUAUUUUUUCUUACAUAAAUCCCACCCCCCCCUUAGGGAGGUGAUGCCAAUACGUAUGCACAGUGAGAAACAGGUGUGUGCUGUAGUCGCUUGGUUGUUAGUGGAGUUUGCCCAACAAAUGUUUAUUGUGAGAACUGGUAAAUUUAUGCAACCAAGUCUAGAGGAAAGAAAAUUGAUGACACCGACUUUCUUAUUGUUACCAGGGGGUGAUAUGAUUGUGAAAUUAACUUUUGUCAAAAACUUGUGAAUAUAUACUCAUUGCUGACCUUAUUGAAGCAGACACUUUACAUGACUCGUCACGGCAAUAUCAUCAACAAAUUUAGCAUUCAACGGUUGAGCUUAAUCCGUUUUAUUGCAUGUUUUCACGUUCUUUGGUCAAUUCAGCUGAUAGACUCGAGUGCUACAGCAGUUAUAUGUCAGAUAAUUAGAGGAGUCCAAAUGUUUAGACUAAUUUAUAAAAGGUGCAUUCCGGCGGUUCAUGUCUUACAGUCCAUACCCAGAGCCAACAAUACAUUUUAGGUGUUGCAAAACAGUAAUUUUGAUUUAGACAACAAAAUUGUCAGCAGAAUCCAGAAACCCAUUCAGAGCUGGACGGUCUUACUAACAAUAAAAGAAUUCGGAGAAAGAGAACAUAUUUAUGAAUUUAGCACUUAAUCAGACGAAGAGAGUUUUCCUUUGAUAAAUUUUGGGAUGUUUAGAUGACCAACGGAAGAAGGUUUACAUAUCAAACGCCCAUUUUGGUUUUCAUUAUUUCCUUAAAAAGCACGAGAUGUGGCUGUAAAGCUAAUAACUUCAAUUAUCAUGAAUGACUAAUAAAUAAGUUUAAGAGAAUAUUCCCGAGGAAGUUUACAGUUUUCCAUUCAAAUAAUACCUCAGUAACCUUGGCAGACGUCCAUUACCUGAUUUUUUUCGUGUAAGCACUAACAUCGGAGAAAUGAGAGGAAUGAAGAAUGGUGUGUAAACCUUUGACAUACCGAAAUGGAAGGAGGGAAUAUAAUGCUCUUUGAAAUAUUUGAUUGGCAGGUAUGAAUCACUGACUUCCCCUAUUGAUGACAUUAAGUGGUACGGAGCCGGACUCCUUUAUUAUCAAGAUGAAAGCAGCGAGGCUUACAAGCAUUAUGCUGAACUUUGUCAGGUAACAGUUCACAAAAGUAUUUAUAUUCUGUGGACACGCUUUCUUGUUUGCCCUACCUCCAAAAAUUUACUCCAAUCAGUUAGGCAAUCAUGACAUGGCGAAUCAUAAGGAGCCAUCCUUUGCUUUUAUUUAAGCCACUGAUAUUGGUAAAUUUUACUGGACAUAGAUCUCCAUAGAACGUUGUUUUAGUUGUUGUUAGACGUAUGGAAGCCAGUGGAACAUGACAUUUUAGAAGUAUUACGCUCCUUAGAUGGAAAGAGAGAGAAGACUCAGGCAAUUUUAUCAAAAAUAGGAACCUCUUUGAUAUGUAGGAGAGAGGCGCAGUAACUACAUCUAUGGUCCCAGUCAGCUUGCUGUUUUGUCUCUUCUCUUCUCCUUGAAUAAAAUUGAUUAAUAUUCUAUCUUUGUUUCUAUCUGGCAUGCUAUCUGAGCUCUAGAUUCCUUUUUGGGUUAUGUUCCCCUUCUGAUUGUCUACAAAACAGCCCCACUCAGGCAUCAGCCUGCACCUAACAGGGGCAUGCUAAAAUAAUCUCCCAUCGAACGAGUGAAGCCAAACAUGUGGUUUACAUAUCAGGUCUAGUCUACUCAUUGCCAAUUAGUUUUCACCUGGACGACCAAUUAUUUCAGUGUUAAAUAUCUAAAGUAUGAACUUACAUCCAAUAACUCCUGUAGAACAUCAGGGUUUGAAACGUCAUUGCUUGGGGAACAGUAAUCUCAGCUGGAUACUCCUCGGCUAUGUUAGACUGAGUAAUCUCAGCUGGAUACUCCUCGUCAUCUGCGGUCCCUUUCUCUUGAGAAAUAAGAUGUAUGGAAGUCCCCCGAUCUGUGCAGGGCCCAGCCACAGAGCACUUUGGGCAUGAUGUCGAGGAGGAACAGCACUACCGUGAAGCUUUAAGCAUGGGUCUAGACUGUGGAGAUGUUUCACUCGUUGAAGAAGAAAUGGAAGCUGCGGUUGGGGAGUAUAGCCGGAUAGGAACUGAUCUCGGGAUUCUGCCCAACUGCAAGGCCCUUGCUGCUGACGACCCCAGCCAGCUGACGAGAUGGAUAAUCGGAUAUGACAAGCUACCGUGUCAAGUGGCUGAAUCAAAUUGA